AUGGCGUCCCAAUCACCUACAGGUAUGUAUUUAACUAUAGAUGUUCAUUACAGUGGAGUAUUUGCCCGAAAUCCGUUGAAAUACUUAGACCUCGAAAAGAUAACAGUGCGUGAUGUCGAUUUUGGAGGGUUUUCCUACAAAGAGUUUCUUUUGUGGCUUAGGAAUUUAACAAAUGGACGUUGUGAUAAUGUGUACUACUGUAGUAGAAAGGAAACCUUAGGUGAGGGUAUUAUAAGAAUCGACAGUGAUGCUGAUUAUUGGGAGUUUGUUGAAGCUACUUAUACUCCUGAAGCUGAGUUGGAUGUCUACAUUGACCAACAAAAUGAUCCAAUCCUUGAUUGGGCUGAAAAUGAGGUGUUAUCAGAUGGUAAUGGGUAUGAUAGUGAAGAAGAGGAUGAGAAUGUAGAAGAGGAUGAUAGUGAAGAAGAUGAUAACUUGGAUGGUAUUAUGGCAUAUGAGCAUGAAGAGGAUGAAGAAGUCCAUACCUUUAACAAAACUGUUGGUGACGAUUUUUUAAACAAACUUUCAGGUAAGCUUAGUGAUGAUGAUGAACCUAAUGAUGGAAAAGAUGAGAAGGUUGUAUUCCCUGUCCAUGAUGAGAACCAAGCAUGGGAUAAGAUGAUGCCAAUUCUAGGUAUGAAGUUUGCAACCCCAAUGCAAUUGAAGCUAUGUCUAACCAAUUAUGCAGUGAAGAAUGGGUAUGACUUGUGGUAUGAAAAAAGUGAUCAUAACAGAGGUCAGUUGCUUGCUGCAGUAGGCAGGGAUGCAAACAACCAUAUCUACCCUCUUGCUUGGGCUGUGGUUGCAGUUGAGAGUAAGGAAACAUGGAAGUGGUUUGUUGACCUUCUCCUUGAUGACAUUGGAAUGGGAAAUGGACAUGGGUUGACAUUAAUAUCAGACCAGCAUAAAGGAUUACUUGAGGCUGUCAAGGAAAGGGUACCUGCAGCAGAGCAUAGACAAUGUGCAAGACACAUAUGUGCUAAUUUCAUGAAAAAAUUCAAGGGUCAACAGUUCAGUACACUUUUUUGGAGAGCUGCUGCUUCUACUACCCAGGCUAAAUUUGAGCAACACAUGAAUGAAAUCAAGAAGAUAGAACCACUAGCAUAUGAUCAUCUAAUGGAGAAGGACCCUAAAACUUGGAGUAAAGCAUUCUUUCAAACUGAUAGGGCAUGUGAUGCAUAUGAAAAUGGUGUUUCUGAGAGUUUUAACUCAAUCAUUGCAGCUGCCAGGAAGAGACCUCUAAUCACUAUGUUAGAGGAAAUUAGAAUUUAUGUGAUGGAGAGACUGUGUAUACAAAAAAGUAAGGGAAGUUCUUGGGGAGACUUAAACAUAUGUCCUACCAUCAGACUGAAAUUGUCCAAGAUUCAGACACUUCAAAGAUUUUGGAGAGUUGUACCAUCUGGUUAUCAACAAUUUGAAGUGAGACUUUUACAAGAUGCAUAUGCUGUAGACCUUGGUAAGAAAACAUGUGGAUGUAGAGGGUGGCAAUUAACUGGUUACCCUUGUGUACAUGCAUAUGCUGCAAUUUCAAACCUCAAUAGGGAUCCAGAGGACUAUGUAUCACCAUGGUUGACCACAAGAAUGUUUUGUAAUGCCUACUUGUACACCAUUAAGCCACUAAAUGGUAGUGAUAUGUGGCCUGAUGUGGAUUACAUCAAGCCAUUGCCUCCCAAAAUGAGAAGAAUGCCAGGAAGACCAUCAACAAAAAGGAAAAGGGAUCAGAUUGAGAAUGAACUAAAGGGCAAUAAGCAUACAGUCUCAAAAAGGGGAAUUGUUAUGAGAUGCAGCAUAUGCAGAGAAUCAGGGCAUAAUAAAGCAAAAUGUCCUCAAAAACCAAUUGGGGAAUCCUCAAAUCCAAAGUCAAAGUUAAAAAAUAAAAAAGCCAACAAAAAAGGUAAAGUGAAGGUUGAAUUGCAUCAAGAAGUUGAUUUGGAAAGUGAUAGUGAUAGUAAAGUUCAAAGGGAGCCUGAUAGUGAGGUGGAGUCUUAUGAAGUUGAUUUGGAAAGUGAUAGUGACAGUGAAGUUCAAAGGGAGCCUGAUAGUGAGGUGGAGUCUUAUGAAGUUGAUUAUGAAGAGGGUAAUCAUACAUAUGAAGAUGUAGACCAACUUGAGGUUGAAGCUGAAGAACAGGUUGAAGUUGGAGGGGUUGAAGAACAGGUUGAACUUGAAGAACAUGUUGAAGCACUUGUUGAAGUUGAAGUUGAAGAAGGUGAAUACCAGGCUGGAGAUGUAGAUCAAGUUGAACAGGUUGAAGUUGAAGUAAUUCAAGAUCCAGUUGGACAAGAUGACCAAGGACAGGCUGCAGUCCAAGAUCCAGUGGAAGAGGAGCAUAUGAUGGAAGUACCAGCAUUUCAGGUUCUACAGGGAAAGAGAAGAAGGAAACCUUCAGAAAGAAUCACAAAAAUCCAAAUAAGAAAGAAGUGGGAGGGAAAAGAGGGGAGUAGUUGUGAUAAACCAAUGGAAUUGGAUUAG